AAAUGCUUAAGAGUGUUUCUUCACUCUCUCCCAAACGUGUUAUGUAAUUUAUGAGAAGCCCCUGUUUGUUCCGUUUCUUCUUGUGAUGCUUGUUUUGUUGUGGUCACCAAUGAUGAGAGAAUAAACAAAUCGUGAUAAAACAUAAAAGUUGCAAAAGUGCUAACUGGAAAAAAGUUUUAUUUUCUAUAACAUUUGAGCAAAAAUGCAUCACUUGUUGUUAUUUCUUGAUUAGUAGAAAGUUAUGACGACCCAUCGUGAGUUUUUACGAUCAAUGAGUCAGGAGUGCGGUGGCAUGAACGAUGAAGACGACGAUGAGUCGGAUACAUUAACGGAGCUAUCUUUCUCCAGGUCUACCAGCAGUUUAGGUAGGAGUAGUACGGGAUCGAUUCCGUGGGCUGAAGAUGCUGUUAAACAAAAUCAGUUGGAAUGGGAACGUAUCGAACGGAUAUUUUAUGGGGAAGAAAAACUUCCAAACGAUAGUAAAAUUCGGGAGGAGUUUUUGGAAUGGAUGACGGCUUUUCCUCACUUAAGGGUGCUUGGCAAAUCACUCACAGUGCUCGAAAAUCUAUCAGCAAAGAGUAGUGAUCCCUUCUAUGAAGAAAUAUUUGCUAUUGAUCCCCCAUCCAUCAAUCGCAUAAGAUCGUCAAAAAGUGGCAAAAUUGCUAAGCAAAUGAGAGAUUCUGAACUGCAGCUUGUUCCUAGUGAUAUCGAAAGAUAUCUCCAUAUAAGUUCUGGUAAAGUUAUGUGUAACAAUCAUAGAAACGCCAAAGAUUUAGUUAAAAAUUCUAGCGAUCCCAUAAUUUCGUUCAUAGAUACCGUUGAAAGACCGCCAAGGGCGAAAAAUGCGAGCAACUUAAUCAUGCAGACGAGCAAUCACCCUUUUGGAAUUCUAGUCAGUAAUAAUUACAAUUACUUGACCAGCAUGGAUGUAUCUAACAGCAGAAAUAGCAGUGCACAAUCAAUAAAACGCUUUAAUAAUAGUAUUAUGCAUAAGAAACUAGCACCUCUGGGUCAAAGACCGCAGCCAAGACCUACACAACUGGAAAAGCCAAUCCUAUCUUCAUCAGCAUCAGCCACAAACAGUCGCAUUCCUCCGCUAAACUCGAACGUAAAGUUUAUUGUUCGUAAUUCUAAUGCUGUCUCGUCGCUAGCAACGGAGCUAGACCAGCGACAUACAAAAUUCAGUAUGGUUAAAUCUGCUACCUCCUCUCGAUACCCGCUGUCUCCGACAAAGAAUAUUGUUACUCUCCCGUCACUUUCUGCGUUAGACACGCCGGAACAUAGCGGAAUUGUUACUCGCGGGUCGCGAAAACCAUCUUUUAGUACGGAAAUCGUUGGUCGAUCUAUCUCUGCUGCCGUUACACAGAAGAAUUAUUCUAAAAGCAACAAUGCACCGAAAUGGAAUGUUCUUCACUACCCUUGAAGAAGCAUGGGUAUGCCUUUUGCUGUGCUUGUAGCAUCCGUCCAGAGCUGCCUCUGCAUCGAGGAUAAGGUCGCGCGCUUUACAUAAUAUGGUUUAUUAACUGCAGCAUAUGAUGUAAAAUUCGUAGGAUAGAUAUAUGUUGAAAGU